CUAGAGUCCCAACGAGGCAGCGUAUGCAGCUCGAACAACCACAAGACUGCCUAAUACAAGUUAACUUGACACCAUGGGGAUUCAGGGACUGCUUCAGUUCAUCAAGGAAGCUUCGGAGCCCAUCAACGUGAAGAAGUACAAAGGGCAGGCAGUAGCUGUGGAUACCUACUGUUGGCUCCACAAAGGAGCUAUUGCUUGUGCCGAAAAGCUAGCCAAAGGGGAACCCACAGAUAGGUAUGUAGGAUUUUGUAUGAAGUUUGUUAAUAUGCUGCUGUCCCAUGGGGUCAAGCCCAUUCUUGUCUUUGAUGGAUGUACCUUACCUUCUAAAAAGGAAGUGGAGAGAUCUCGACGAGAGAGACGACAAAGCAACCUUCUUAAAGGGAAGCAGCUCCUGCGAGAGGGCAAGGUGUCAGAAGCGCGGGACUGCUUCACCCGCUCCGUCAACAUCACACACGCCAUGGCCCACAAAGUGAUAAAAGCUGCUCGGGCCCUGGGAGUGGACUGCCUGGUGGCUCCCUAUGAAGCUGAUGCUCAGUUGGCCUAUCUUAACAAAGCUGGAAUUGUGCAAGCCGUCAUCACAGAGGACUCGGACCUCCUCGCCUUUGGCUGUAAGAAGGUGGUUUUGAAAAUGGACCACUUUGGAAAUGGACUGGAAGUGGACCAGGCCCGGCUGGGCAUGUGCAAGCAGCUUGGGGACGUGUUCACGGAGGAGAAGUUCCGGUACAUGUGUAUCCUGUCGGGCUGCGACUACCUCUCCUCCCUGCGCGGGAUCGGCUUAGCAAAGGCCUGCAAAGUGCUGAGGCUGGCCAAUAACCCGGAUAUCGUCAAGGUUAUCAAGAAAAUUGGGCAUUACCUCAAGAUGAACAUAACGGUGCCUGAGGAUUACAUCACAGGAUUUAUUCGAGCCAACAAUACUUUCCUCUACCAGCUGGUGUUCGACCCCAUCCAAAGGAAGCUGGUCCCUUUGAAUGCUUACGGAGAUGACGUUAACCCGGACACCCUGAGUUAUGCUGGGCAGUAUGUCGAUGAUUCUGUGGCUCUGCAGAUAGCACUUGGAAACAGAGACGUGGAUACUCUGGAGCAGAUUGACGACUACAGUCCGGACACUAUGCCUGUCCACUCAAGAAGUCAUAGCUGGAAUGACAAAGUGUGUCAGAAGUCACCUAAUAGCAUAUGGCACAGAAACUAUUGUCCUAGACUUGAGGCAAAUGGUGUUUCCCAUGCUCCUCGGUUGACGGAAAAUUCAAGCACUGUGGAACUUAAACAAGUAAUUACCACUAAAGGGUUAAAUCUUCCCAGGAAGUCUUCCUUGGUAAAGAGACCAAGAAAUGAGGCUCUGUCCGAAGAUGACCUAUUGGGUCAGUAUUCUUCAUUUACAAAGAAGACCAAGAAAAACAGCUGUGGAGAUAGCGCAUCUUCUAACUCUUCCGAAAUAUCUGUGCCCAACCUGGAUAACGGGACGGCUCGCGGGGCAGAUGCACACACUCCGUCUAGGAUAAGGAAUAAAUUCGCAGUGUUUUUACGGAGGAAGAACGAGGACAGUGGUGCAGUUGUGGUUCCGGGCACCAGAAGCAGGUUUUUUUGCAGUUCUCCAGAUUUUGACAACUUUGUACCUAAAAAAGCAAGCAUUCAACCUCUAAAUGAAACUGCUGUCACAGGCAAAGCCACUACCAGCCUCAGAGCACCGGACUGUCCAGACACUAAAGGCCUUGGAGCACCGGACUGUCCAGACACAGAGGGCCUCAGAACACCAGACUGUCAAGGCACAGAGGGCCUCAGAACACCAGACUGUCCAGGGACAGAGGGUCUCAGAGCAUCAGACAAUCAAGGCACAGAGGGCCUCGGAUCACCAGACUGUCCAAGCACCGAAGGCCUUGGAGCAUCGGACUGUCCAGACACAGAGGGACAGAAACUGGUUGACAUAAAUGGAGCGCAGGAUCCAAGUGCUCAGAUCCCAGGCAAUGAGACUGUGUCUCCUGAUGGUGAGGCUCAGUCUGAGACCAGCAAAUUUGUGGGGACUGUUUCCCCGCCCACUCUGGGGACACUAAGAAGUUGUUUCAGUUGGUCAGGAACUCUGGGAGAUUUUUCAAGAACUCCUAGUUCCUCUCCAAGCACUGUGUUGCAGCAGUUCCGAAGAAGGAGCGAGUCCUCCACCUGGCUGCCCAAGACGUGUGCUGUGACUGACACGUGUCAGUCAAAGAAUGAGAUGUCAAGUACUAAGUCUCCACCCUUGCAUGAGGUGGGCCAGGCCUCCCGAUCCCAGGAAAGCAUAGACUCUCUGUACAGUUUAAAUGCAUCAAGUCUUUCCCAGCCUUCCAGUAAGGAUUCGGAUUCAGAGGAAUCGGACUGUAACAAUACGUCACUUGAUAAUCAAGGCAGUGAGAACUCCAAGCAACAGUCACCUCCCUUUUCAAAGGAGAACACACUUGUAAGGAACAAGGUUCCUGGGCUGUGUAGGGCUAGUUCUAUGGACUGUCUUUCUACCACUAAGAUCAAGCCCCUGGUGCCAGCCCGAGUCAGUGGCCUGAGUAAGAAGCCAGGAAGCAUCCAGAAGAGAAAACACCGUGAUGCGGAGAACAAGCCGGGGCUGCAGAUAAAGAUCAACGAGCUCUGGAAAAACUUCGGGUUUAAAAAAGAUUCUGAAAAGCUUUCUUCUUGUAAGAAGCCCCUGUCUCCAGUCAAGGAUAACAUUCAACUCACUCCAGAGACAGAAGAUGAAAUCUUCAACAAGCCUGAGUGUGCGCGUGCUCAGAGAGCAAUAUUCCACUAAGUGAGGGCCGCCGCCUUCAGGAAAACCUU